CGAGGGCUCAAGUCUGUCAAGACAGCUCAAUCUUGAGACUUGAGUGAGCUGUUCCAAGAGUCAACUGCCAGUGCAUGCCAGCCACAUCCCAGGAUGCCUUGAGAUUCAAGAGACAGGAGCUUGAAGUUCUAUGGAGAACAAUAACUGCAGCCCUCACUUUUUGGGAUCAAUUUGGUGCCCGUUUGCUUCUCUGAUUACCACUUUCUGCAAUCCGCUGGAACUUGAGGCCAGAUCAUCGUAGGGGAGAUCAGCAACGCAAAUUACGAAGAUGGCGGCGGGCGUCCACGCUCUGCAUUCCCCUUUCUCAACCGCCCGCAUUUCGCAUGCGGUGAGGCGCCCUUCUCAGGAAUGCAGCUCGCAGCCACAGUGCCCCUGCAUUGCCUCAGUCACAAGUCAUAUCCCUUCCAAAGCGCCAGCUCAACAAGCGGGCUCAACGUCAAAAGCACCCCUCCUCAGAAGCUUGCAGCAUUCCCGCGGCUGGUCCUCCACAAAGCUCACUCAUGCAGUAACUAGAGGCGAGAGAAAAGCGCACCGGGGAGCAGGGACACGCAGCCCCUGCUGUGCGGCACUGAAAGCGCUUGUGUUUGACUGUGACGGCGUGAUCCUGGAGUCAGAAGACCUGCAUAGGGAGGCGUACAAUGCUGCCUUUAAGGAAUUUGAUGUGCGGUGCCCAAACGCACCGGACGGCGCCGUGGUUUGGACGCCCGACUUUUAUGACAUGCUGCAGAACACUGUCGGGGGCGGCAAGCCCAAGAUGCGGUGGUACUUCAGUAAGAAUGGCUGGCCCACUUCGACCAUUCUGCCGGAAGCCCCCAAGAACGAGGAGGAGCAGGCGAAGCUGGUCGACACGCUGCAAGACUGGAAGUCUGCGAAGUUCCGGGACUUUAUUGGGUCAGGGUCCGUGAAGCCAAGACCGGGGAUUUUGGAGGUGAUGGACGCUGCCCGUGCCACGGGCCUGAAGGUCGCGGUCUGCUCUGCGUCGACAAAGGAGUCGUGCGUCUUCACCCUCUCGAACCUCAUCGGGAAGGACCGCUUCGAGUCGCUCGACUGCUUCCUGGCCGGUGAUGACGUCAACAAGAAGAAGCCGGACCCGGAGAUCUACGUCGAGGCGGUGAAGCGCCUGGGCAUCCCCGCCGAGAAGUGCCUGGUCAUCGAGGAUAGCGCGAUCGGGCUCGCCGCUGCGCUGGGGGGCGGUAUGUCGUGCGUGAUCACGACGACGCCGUCAACGGCGUCGCAGAAGUUUGAGGGGGCGGCGGCAGUGUAUGGAGACAUGGACGGAGUGACGAUCGACGAGCUGAUGGCGUUGGUCGAUAAAAAAGCCGCAGUAGCGAGCUGAUCAGAACAGAUUUUCUGAGUUCAAAACAGAUUAUUGAAUUCAGAACAAAUUGUUGAUUUCAGGCACCGAACAUAGUCCCUAUGAAUCAAAAUGUUAUGCAGAGCCAAUCAGCCUGUUGACUUGCUGCAAAUGACCUCAUUGCCGCUGAUUAUCCUACUGAGCGCAGCUGGAAUGUAGACAUGAAU